AUGGUGCGCUCGCAGAUCCUCGCAGCCGCUGUACUCGGGCAGAUCACCUACUCGGGCGCCGUGUCUGUCCCUCCAGUCCGCACGAAUGUCCGCAAUCUCAUCUCCACCCGAGGCCCCGAACCCGACAAUGGUAGUCUCGUCGCCACCGCCGGGAAGCAGAACCUCAUGAUCAUGAACGCAAGAAUCCUCUACUGGGCCGCCGAGGACGGCACCGUAGCCGAGCUCACCGUCUCGAUGACGGGCGCCGCUGAGAGCAUCGUCAAUCUCGAACGCAUCGACGACAUGGUAGUGGGCGUGGAGUGCCCCGACAGCGGGACGGCGAGCGGCGAGAUGCGCAUCCGGUUCCAGGAGGCGGCGGACCUGGACGACGCCGAGGACGUCUGGCAAUGGGUCAAUCAGGAGCCCGGGAACCACUUUGUGCUCGUCGUCGGCGCCGGCGCCUGCGGCUGGAACAAUAAUAGGCGCGUCGUGUACAAUGUCGCGGGGCUCGUGUACAAUGACGAGAGCGAGACCGUCGUGCUCGACGUCGCCGAGACAACCUGGAGGGAGGCCGCGCAUACGUUUUCGCUCAGCUUGGGGAAGCCGGCUGGUGGGGUUGCGAAGAGGGCCGAACGCGGGGAGACGGUCGUGGACGCGGUGUCGGACGCGGCGGAAACCGUGGCGGAUACGGCGUCGGACCUGAUGGACAAGGCCAAGGGCGGCGUUGAAAAGGCCAUCGACACGGCGCAGGACGUGGCCGACGAUGUGGUGGAUGCCGUGACCGACGCCACCGACAAGGCCGUCGACGCGACAUUAGACAUCGUGGACAAGGUCGGCGACGCCACGGAAGAGGCCGUGGGCGCCAUCGUCGACGGGAGCAAGGACGCGACGGACAAGGUAGUCGAGGCGGUCAAGAGCAUCGUGGACCCGGACACGGUCGCCGACUUCGCCGUCCCCUUUGACAGCGACUUCACGGGCGAGACCGUCAGUUUCGCGGCCGGGGAGGGCCUCGACGUGUCGGCCACGUGCAAGGAGUGCUUCACCAAGGGCUCGCUCGACAUCCGCGGCAACUUUCGCGUGACGCAGUUCCGGACCGAGGAGGCGUGGAUCGAAAUCUCCACCGCGGGCCUCACGGCCAAGGCCGUCCUCGGCCUCGCCCUCAAGGCCGAAAUCACCGGCAAGCUGUUCGAGCAGAGCGUGCCCGUGUUCCAGGCCGCGCCUGCGGGGCUCUCCAUCCCCGGCGUGCUGACCGUCGGCCCCACCGUCGCCGUGAAGCUCGGCGCCGAAAUCUCCCAGGUCAAAGGCGUCGUUGGGCUGACGCUCGGCGGCACGGCCACGAUCCCCGCGUCCACGGCGCGGCUGGAUUUCCUGAGCGAGGACCGCACGAGCGGGUCUGGGUGGGAGCCUGUGUUUGAGGCGGAGCCUGUGGGUGCGGAUGCGUCGGUCGAGGCGAAGGCGACGGCGUUUUUGAGGGCUUCGGUCGGGUUGGAGAUUAGUGCUGUUGAAACUGGCUUCUCCGCCGAGCUAUCCGCAAACCUACCGUCUCUUACGGCCUCGUUCAAAGCCCUUACUGCUUCCACCUGCACGGUCUGCGGAGACCAUCAGGCCGGUGUUCAGGGCAACCUCGUGCUCGGGACGUCUCUCGCGUUCAACCUGAAGCAAAAGGUGCUCGGUGAUUCCAAGCCCCUCUGGAGCCUACCCUUGGCGGACGCCACACUUGCGGAUCUGGGCGACUUCUGCUUGGGAAUUGGCCCCAGCGGCGAUCAGUGUUUGGCGAAGAGGGGCUUGCGGGGUAUGCGAAGGGUGCGAUGA